AUGCCGAAGCAGAACCCUGCUGAACGAAGAAGAAAGCCUAGGCAGAAUCCGGCAGCUCCCACAAUAACAACUAUACGAACCCAUAGAAAGGAAACAAAGGCUUUCAGCACAAAUCCAUCCCAUGACCAGAACCACAAAAUGGAGAAAAUUGAUCCAACAGCAGAACCGACCGCAACUUGGCUGAUCGUAUGGAGUCCUUGCGAGACCCGUAACCAUGUCUACAAAACAGAUGAUGAGAGAUAA